CUAAGACAUGGUACACCAGGUAACCCAGGAAAAGUAUGAUUUGGGUAACUGACCACUGUGAUAUGAAUGGAAUACAAUUUACCAUUGAAAUAACACAAUCGUGUUUGUAUUGCCAAUCUACACGGUGGAGCGCGAGCACAGCGGCCUACGGGCGCUCAUGAGCUACGGUAUCAGCACGACGCGGGGUGCCGCUGCCGCCAUGUCGUUCUGCUUCUCGCUUCUGCUGGUAACCAUGCUGCGCAACACCAUCACCUUCCUGCGGGGAACCUUCCUCAAUCUGUACGCACCCUUCGACUCCAUCGUCUCAUUCCACAAGGUCGUGGCAUGGACCGCGCUCUUCUUCACAGCCGUACACGUGGUUGAAUACGGGUUUAACUUCUAUCACCUAGCAACGCAGCCGACCAAAUACCUGUGUAUCUUUGACACCAUCGUUUUCCGGUACGAAUAUGAGAAAUUGAAACAAUAG